AUGAAUGGUGCACCAGAAUUGGCUUUGGUUUUGAAAGUGUGGCUCUUCUUCGUCUUUGCCAUUGCCAUUCUUGCCAACUCAAAACUAGCUGCAACAAAAAAUCAUCAUGCAGAAAGAAAACUUGCUGCUGACAUUCCAGGUUUCAUCAGCAUUGACUGUGGCACUGAUGAAGAUUCAAUUGACAAGGAAACCGGCAUUCCUUACAAAUUUGAUAAGGAACUUGUGAAUACUGGAAUAGUUCAGACAAUAUCCCCUAACUGGUCUGGCUAUAUCACACAGCAGUUGAAGACGUUAAGAAGUUUUCCGGUGGGAUCAAGGAAUUGUUACACCCUAAGACCGGAGCAAGCCAAAAACAAUAAUUAUAUGAUUAGAGCUCAAUUUCUGUAUGGAAAUUACGAUGGCAAAAACCAGACCCCAAUAUUUGACCUAUAUCUUGGCGCCAAUUGGUGGACAACAAUGAAUUCAUCCGGUCCAGUUUAUUCUGAGAUUAUUUAUGCUCCCUCGACGGAUUACAUAGAUGUGUGUCUCGUGAAGACCGGCGAUGGGGUACCCUUCAUUUCAUCAUUGGAACUACGACAUUUGGACAAUUCCAUUUAUCAAACUCAGUACGGGGCUCUAUCAAAUGUAAUGCGAUACGAUAUCGGCGAGGAAACUGGAACUAAAUCGCCUGUCAUCAGGUAUCCAGAUGAUGUGUAUGAUCGGCAAUGGAUGCCUUUGCUAUUUGAUAGUUGGAUUCCAAUUGCAACCAAUUUGACCAUUUACUCCCAAGGCAAUGAUAACACAUAUAGAUUACCGGCCGCGGUGUUGAGGACUGCUGCCAAAACACCCAACGCCACCACUGCCUUGAACAUAUACUGGAAUACUGCACAUUCUCUUUCCAAAUUUUACGUUUACUUUCACUUUGCUGAGAUUGAGAUGCUCGGAGCCGGUCAGCGAAGGGAAUUGACGAUCACUUUGAACAAUGAGAGCAACUUGAUCUACAUGAGAGAAUCUGUUAAACUUGAUUAUCUACAUCCACUCACCAUAGUCCAGAAUGAUCCGCCAAUUAGUGGAACCCAGAUUAAACUUUCAAUCAAUGCAUCUGGGACAACUAUGUUUCCUCCAAUCCUCAACGCCUUUGAGAUUUUUGCGUUAAAGGAGCUCCCAAAUAAACCAACGGCUAUAGGUGAUGUUGAAGGUAUCAUGGAAAUCAGGGAACGGUACACCGUGAUUAGAAACUGGCAAGGGGAUCCAUGUGUCCCAAGUGAAUACUCAUGGGAUGGUUUGAAUUGCAGUAAUGACAAUUCUCCAAGGAUCAUAUCACUAAACUUGAGCUCAAGUAAAUUGGCAGGGGAGAUUGCAGCUUCAUUCUCCAAUCUCAAAGCACUGCAAUCCUUGGAUUUGUCAUAUAAUGACUUAACUGGGCCAUUUCCAGAAUUUUUUGCACAACUGACGUAUUUGAACACCCUUGAUUUAAGUGGUAACAAGCUCACAGGGUCAAUUCCGGAGGCUCUUGUGCAAAAGGCUAGGGAUGGGAAAUUUGUCGUGAGAGUUGGCGACAAUCCAGAUCUUUAUGAGACAGCUGACUCAGCUCCAAGCAAGAGAAUAAAGAAGAAAAAUAAGUUUGUUAUUCCUGUUGUUGCAUCGUCUAUAGUAGUCCUGAUCCUUCUGCUUCUGCUCAUCUUUGGUGGUCAAGUGAAGAAUAGAAGGAGGUAG